CAAAUGGCGGAUGACGCCGGUGCUGCGGGAGGGGCAGGAGGAGGAGGAGCAGGAGGAGGAGGAGGAGCUGCUGCCGCCGCCGCCAGAGGAGGCUUCCGAGGUGGCUUCGGCAGUGGAGGCCGGGGCCGUGGAAGAGGUCGGGGCCGUGGUCGGGGCCGUGGUCGCGGGGCUCGAGGCAAAGCUGAGGACAAAGAAUGGAUGCCUGUGACGAAACUAGGCCGACUGGUAAAGGACAUGAAGAUCAAAUCUCUGGAAGAGAUCUACCUUUUCUCUCUUCCAAUCAAGGAGUCUGAAAUCAUUGACUUCUUCCUGGGUUCCUCGCUGAAGGAUGAGGUUUUGAAAAUCAUGCCAGUGCAGAAGCAAACACGGGCAGGCCAGCGCACCAGGUUCAAGGCCUUUGUUGCAAUUGGGGAUUACAAUGGUCAUGUUGGUCUCGGGGUCAAGUGCUCUAAAGAAGUUGCCACGGCCAUUCGUGGGGCCAUCAUCCUGGCGAAACUCUCCAUCGUGCCAGUGAGGCGAGGCUAUUGGGGAAACAAGAUUGGCAAGCCUCACACUGUGCCGUGCAAGGUGACAGGCCGGUGUGGGUCCGUCCUGGUUCGCCUCAUUCCUGCCCCACGUGGCACAGGGAUUGUGUCUGCCCCCGUUCCCAAGAAGCUCCUGAUGAUGGCGGGAAUCGAUGACUGCUACACCUCAGCCAGGGGCUGCACUGCUACCUUGGGGAAUUUUGCUAAAGCCACCUUUGAUGCUAUCUCCAAGACCUACAGUUAUCUGACCCCUGAUCUCUGGAAAGAAACUGUCUUCACUAAAUCUCCUUAUCAGGAGUUCACUGAUCAUCUGGCGAAGACACACACCACCAGAGUGUCUGUGCAAAGAACUCAGGCAGCUGCUGUGGCAACCACCUAAAAGAUCCUGUACAUGAUCAAUAAAGUAAUCCUUACGUUUUAAA